AUGUCGGAACCACUUAGCAAGACUGACGAAGAUCUCCUGGCUAUGACUUCCGAAAGUCAAGGCCAUCGCCACGCUGCUCGAUCUUCUUAUCCUGGGGUUUACGACAUUAAUGACUUGGAAAUUGAGGGUACCGAGCUUGAUGUCGCUGUCGAGACCCAAGCAACAGGAUGGAAAAUCAACAAGUCUUCGGCGACAGUCGAGGAUCCGGCCAUUCUUAAGCUUCAUCUGACCAAACCCCCAGUCAAAAGGGUCGACUUGCAUUUCCCCCUGGGCGAGGAGGUUACGGCCAGAAACUUGAAGGGAGUGACUAUCAAGGACGCACUCGACGCUAUUCACAAGGCCUACAAGAAAAGGUCAGAUGAUGAGCUCGACAAGCCUUACUUGGCUGGCUUCGAGUGGGAUAAGGAGGAAUCCUGGACGCGGUUGGUUGUUCAUCUACAAGCCCAACCCGCCACUCAUGUAUUUGGAGGCGGGAAGAAGAAGAAGCGGAGAGACGACGAGGACGAUUAUUGA